AUGUUUCGAAAUACUUAUCAGGGCGGAUUUUUAUCCAUUUUGUAUAGUUGCGGGUCAUCCCCUCUGGAGUUAUGGGACAUGCACGUAAAAAACGGAUAUAUACGAAGAAUUACAGAUGAAGAGAUAAAGUCAUUAGCAUUGGAAAUAGCCGGGACUAAUGUGGCUACAACUUACAUUUACUGUCCAGCGUAUCCAAAGAAGGAGCUGGGUAUUAAGCUACCCUUUCUUAUCAUCAUUAUCAAAAACAUGAAGAAAUAUUUCACAUUUGAGAUAACAAUAUUGGACGACAAGAAUAUGCACAGGAGAUUCCGCGUGAGCAAUUUUCAGAGUACGACACGCAUUCGCCCGUUUUCCACAUCCAUGCCCAUCGGACUUUCAGGUGGAUGGAAUCAGAUUCAAUUCAAUUUGUCUGAUUUUACACGACGAGCCUAUGAGGACGAAAUGCCAGAAGAGUUCAAGCUCUUCUUGCCGAUGCAUCGAAAGAAAUGUGUUAGAGAGGAAGACGUGCCGAAAAAACCAAGUGUAAUACUUGAGAAAGUACCGUCCGUCGAAAUACCUAUCGAGCCGGAAGAGGAGAUACUUGAGCCGCCAGUUGUGCAGAAACCUGACUUAAUCGAGAAAGCGAUACCAGAGCGUGUAGAAGAAGUAAAAGAGAUAAUUACAAAGAAAGAUGAAGAAGAAGAAGCAGAAGAAGAAGCAGAAGAAGCAGAAGAAGAAGCAGAAGAAGCAGAAGAAGCAGAAGAAAUAGAAGAAGCAAAAAAAGAAGAAGAGGAAAUUAAAGUUAAAGAAGAGAAAGCAGAAAAAGAAGAAGAGAAAGUUGAAGCAACUGUGGUUGAGGAAAAAGUCGAACCUGCAGCUGCUAUUCAAUAG